AUGAAGGUCAAGGCGGACCUGACAAAGCAGCUCGACGAGCUCAAGUCGGAGCUCGCCACCCUGCGCGUCGCCAAGGUGACCGGCGGCGCUGCGUCCAAGCUGUCAAAGAUCAAGUUUGUCCGCAAGUCAAUCGGGGGGGGGCUCCCCGACAAAGACCUCGUCCCGCUCGACCUGCGCAAGAAGCAGACGCGCGCGAUCCGCAGGGCCCUCACCAAGAAGGAGGCGGGCAUGAAGACCAAAAAGCAGCAGAAGAAGGACAAGCACUUUCCGCAGCGGCGGUACGCCGUCAAGGCGUGA